AUGAAGUUCUGCUGUUUUCUGCUUUUAUCCCUUGUGUUGUAUGUCAGUGCGGUGGAACGGAUCCUGUUCAGUGUAAAAGAGGAAGAGGAAGUAGGGAGUCUCGUUGGAAUUCUUCUCCCCAAACUCUCCAGCCGUCUUCGGAGCUACAAGGUUCGAAUGAACUUUCAGAUUAUUCAAAAAGGCGAUGCCCGAUACUUUCGAAUUACCCCCCAAGAUGGACGUAUUACCCUAGCUCAAGUGAUUGAUCGCGAAGCUAUCUGUCAAAGUGCCAAUAUGCGAGAUGAUGCUCAUUUCCUCUCAAGUGCUGAAGGUCAGUGCCAACUCAGGUUUACAGUCAGUGUUCUAAGAGAGGGCACUUCAGAAAUUAUUGAAAUGGUUCAGGUUACUGUGAACGUGCUUGAUAUCAAUGACAACCAGUGUAAAUUUGAACCUUCUGAUAAACAGACUGUAUAUAUUCCUGAAGAUACUCCGGUUGAUUCUAAUUAUCGAAUUCCCUUGUAUAUUCCUACUGAUCCCGAUGCAGCAGUAAUGAAUAGGAUUGAUCUAAGGAGUAUUUCCCUCAAAUCUGCGGAUGAUAUUGAUAGCGCACGGUAUUUUGAUCUUCAGGUGACUGGAACUAGUUCUAAUGACAAACCCACGACUUUACACUUGGUCCUAACAAGGAAAUUGGAUUAUGAAAGUCUCUCUGUUCACAAACUCAUAGUUACUGCUAGCGAUGCUAGUCGGCGGAGCUCAUCAACAUGCAGUCUACAUUUAACUAUCCAAGUCGUGGAUGUCAACGAUCAUCCUCCAAGAUUCGCAAAGAAGAUUGUUCAUUUGAGCCUGAAUGAGAAUACUCCAGUUGGAUCUUUGGUACAUCAGCUGCAAGCCAGUGACCAGGAUAAGGGUCCAUUCUUCAGCAAACUCAUCUUCUCAUUCGGAACUUAUACUCCCGAAGAUAUCCGUUCCUAUUUCGAUGUCCACCCCUAUAAUGGUUCAAUAAUUCUCAAGCAGCGCUUAUCCUAUGGAAGAAAAAGGAAGUUUGAAAUACCUGUGAUUGUUCGAAAUCCAACAGAUGCUGAAAUCAAGCGAAAUAAUAAUGAGAAACCUCAAUUGAAAAUAUCAAAUGAUAUUCAAGUGGAAACAACAGUACAUGACACCGCUCAAGUCAUAAUUGAUGUAAUUGAUAUUAAUGAUGAAGCCCCAGCAAUCUCUUUUUACGCUCCCAGUGGCGAAAGCGAAUUAUCGAUUGAGGAGAAUGUUGCCCUCUUGCCCUCUGAUUUCGGAGUUGUCAGUGUAACAGAUGGAGAUUCGGGAGAAAACGGUAAAGUUGAGUGUACGAUAGCUGAUAACGUCACCGAGUUAUUCCGUCUUGUAAGAAUGACAUCUGGUGAUGGAAUGACAGAUGAAGGUCGUGAAACCCUUUUUAAACUCUCCGCAAUACAUAAUUUCGACCGAGAGCAAAGGACAUCAAUUGGACUAACUAUCCUCUGUCGGGAUUUUGGAUCACCUCCGAAAAGUUCCUCUCAAAACCUAAUAGUGAAAAUCCGAGAUGUAAAUGAUAAUUCACCAGUGUUUGAUCGGAAUUAUUUAGAGAUCAACGUAACCGAAGAUAGUGACCCGUCUCGACUCAAUACUGACUACGUGAUUGGCCGUGUUCUUGCCCAUGAUCCAGAUGAUGGGAUAAAUUCUGAGAUUACCUAUGAUCUGAUCCAAUCAAAUGUUCAGAAUCUAUUUAGUAUUGAUCCGAAAACGGGUGUCUUCAGUUCGAAUGGAGAAUUGGAUAGGGAAAUGAACGAUCGGCAUCAAUUUGUCAUAGUUGCUAGAGACUCAGGAGUUCCACAACUAUCUUCGUCCAUUACAGUAACUGUUCAUGUUGAAGAUUUCAACGAUGAGCCACCGGUAUUUGCACAAUCAGACUUUGAAUUUAUGGCAGUGGAAGGUGUAAACAGAAAUUCAUUAAUUGGAACGGUUCAAGUUUCUGAUUCAGAUUUGGGUGUGAAUAGGGAGCUGAGUUUCCGAUUACUGGCUAAUGAUCUAUCAGCUCAUUACCCUAUCUCACCAAGUGAUAGCCUGCAGCAUUACAACUGGAGAAAUGAGCAAGAACCCCCAUUUCCAUAUCGACUUGAGUCUCAAUACAACCCUCUAAAGAAUGAAUAUGAAGUCAGUAUAUUUACAGAUGGCGAAUUGGACGCGGAAGCCGCUUCUCAGCACAUGGAAUACUCUGACAAUGGCUCUCGAACAGCCUCCUUUCAUUCAUUCUUCAUCUUGGCAGAAGAUGGUGGAACUCCGAGGCGGAUUUCAAGAGCUAGAAUCAUCGUUCAUCUUCUGGAUGUAAAUGAUAAUGCACCCGUCUUCAGUUUUCCCUCCGAGAACAAUGCAACUGUUAAUGUAUCAUACAAGGAGUACGUGGGUUUUCCCUUUAUUCAAGUAUCAGCAACAGAUGCCGAUGCGGGUAUAAAUGGAACUGUGCAAUAUUACCUUGGUACACCACAGGCUGGCCCAAACUCCAAUGAAAAUAACGAUGCAACCGCUUUUCAAAUCGACCAUUCUAAUGGACAAAUAUCUUUGAAAAGACAACUUUCUCUAUCUGAUGUUGGGCACGCCUAUAAGGUCUACAUUAUCGCUAGUGAUAUGAGCCCACGGCCUCUACAAACUCAAGCUACGAUGACGAUUCUGGUAGAUAAAACGUCUCCCAAAGGCGCGAAUGCAGCCCAAGUUUCAGGAUCCCCAAAAUUAUCGAAGACCGUCUCGGACUCAAUGGUCAAUCUCUUCAUUAUAAUCUUUAUCGUCGCCGCCGCGUUCAUAAUAUCCGGUGUCCUACUCACUGCUGUUUGUAUUGUACUCAAUCGCUCUCGAAGGGCCCAAGGAAAUUCGCAUUCAAUGCGUAAGUGA